AUGACCUCUAAAUUACCCCCCCAAAGACUUCGUGAGGAAGUUUACGGGGAUUUGAACAAAUCCACAAGCUCUGAGGAUAGCAACAACACUCCUUACUUUAGUCGCAGUGCGAGCGACGAUAAAUCCGAGGAAUUGAUUAAUGCGGAUAACAAUACACCUGAAGGAGGGGCCUCACCCCAUGAGAUAAUUUCCAACCCCAUCCCUUCGAGAAACCUCUCUUCUAACAUGUCUCUUGCAGCAUCGAACUCCCACAUCAUCCCGACAGGGACUACAGAUCAUGCUCAGAUCUUCCAAUCGGCAUACGUGACUCAAUCUAACCACCCUACGAAAGUUACCAUCAAAAGGGUUGAAAUACCUAUAGGAGCUAGAAUCCUGAAUGUUGGUACCGGCGCCGAUUUGCACCACCACGCAUUCACCGCCAACAAAACAGGAACUAUACCCAAAAGAUCUCCUCUAAUUUUUAAAACAAAAAGUAUGGAAAAAAUUAAAAGCGAGCGAGUAAAGACAAACCGAAGGAUAGGUGAACUGAGUAGCUCAAAUCUCGGUAAUUCUGCACUCGCACCUCCAAGACAAACAACCACAGCGGACAGUAGUUUUUUAUUGGCCAACGCACAAAUAGUGGACUAUCCAAUAGUAUAUUGCAACGAGUCUUUCUGCAAAAUAUCCGGCUACAAUAGGGCUGAAGUGAUGCAGAAGUCUUGCAGAUGUGCCUUUAUGUUUGGAGAACUGACCGACAAGGAGACAAUCAGCAGAGUGGAUCACGUUUUGGAACACCAACUCUACGAUCAGUUCGAAAUACUUUUGUACAAGAAAAACAUAAUUAUUAUAUUUUUAAUAAAUUAA